AUGUCGACUACAACAUUUGAGUUCAAUGGGGCGAAGUUUCUCACCAACAAUUAUGCUGCCAUCCUUGAUAAUGAUGAAGCACCCAAGGAAUUUCAUCUGAUUCAAGAUGUUCUAGCACACAGUGAACUGAUGUACGCUCUGACUCAACCAGAGUCUAUUUCUCCCUCGCAGGUCGUCACCUUCUGGAGGACAGCUAAUUACGAUGAUGGGGGUGACCAUGGCUCUCCAUCUCUGACCUGUGAGUAUGAGGGUCAGGAGUAUUUUGUCUCACCAGCAACUAUCAGGAAGGCUCUUCAUCUUCCUGAUCACCACAAGUUUGAUUCUCCAGUCCCUACUCAAACUCUGAGGGAUAUGAUGAACUUCUUCGGCUAUUCAGCAAGCACUGAUAAGAUGGGGGAACUCAAGCGUCCACAUCUAUGCAAGGAAUGGAGCUUCUACUAUGACUGCAUCACACGGGCCUUCGGAGAUAGGAGAAAAGAGAAUAUGAAUAUUGUGUAUUAUGCUAGAUUUUGUCAGCUUAUAUUCUCUUACUGUUUUCCGGCUAUACCUAUACCUGAAUCUGGGAAUGAACUGCCAUUUAAAAUUACAAAACGUGCAUUUACUGAUCUAAUUAAGAAGGACAGCAAGAAACCCAAUGCACCAGUGUUUGUUAUUCCUGUAACAGUACAGGAUAAGUUAAGGGUAGCUAUGCCAGAUAAGUAUGGACCAUUAUUCUCUGAUGAGAAUAUACCACAGCUUCCCUCUUCAUCUGCUCAACCAGAUGCUCAUCCAACCUCUGGUCCUUCUCAGCAAGGGCCAGUUGUAAAAUCUGAUCAAACCUUAACCUCUGGUCCUUCCCAAAAAGGGUCAGUUGAAACAACUUCACCAAAAAGGGUUCUCAGAUCUUCAAAGUCUCCAAGUAAACCAUCUCCUCCUCCAAGAAAAAGAAGAUUCUUGCAGAAAAUAUCAGACUCUGACUCUGAUGAAGCACCUCCACAUCCUCCACCAGCUAAGAAACAGAGAAAGAAGAUCAAGCCAACUGAUAUAACUGACCUGACUGUUGAGACACCUCAGUCAGAGGAUCCCAUACAGACCUUGAUCCAAUUUUCUGAUCAACCUUCAGGUGCAGAGCCAGUCAUGAUUGAACCUAUUUCUGCAGUUCCACUUGAACCGUUGGCAGCUGACAUUCAAAUGUCAGAAUCAAUAUCUGCAUGUAAUGAUCAACCAGUAGUGGCCAAAUCAGAUGAAGUGUUGAAGUUGAAUCAGGAAUCUCUGAUUCAACAUGAAGACAUCACUGCAGCUGACACUCACGUGUCAGAUAAAACUCCUGAUAUUCCAAGCCAAUCAGAAGAUGCACAUAUAGAGGUUGUACUGCAAAUGAUUCAAGACUCUCUGAUUCAAACUCAGGCUAAUGUUGCAGCUCCUGUUCAGGAGGUUCCUAUAGCUGCAACGUCUGAUGCAGCUACAGAAGCUCUGGCAUCUCAUACUCUGAGUAUAUUUGUCAAUGAUGAUGAUGAUGAUGCAACAGAGGUCACCUCUGUUCCUAUUCAAACUUCUACUUCUCCAACCUCUGAUCCAGUCAGGGAAUCAACUCCGGUCAAAAUUGAUUCUCCAGUACAUACAUGGUCACCAGUCAGAGAAUCUACUCCUACUCCAGUUCAUGCUUCUCCAAUUCAACAUCCCAUUUCUGCACAAAGAAAAGUCUGUCAACUAUCAUAUUUCAAGAGGAUGUGCAGAGUUCCACCUCCAUCUGUGGAAGACAGACUGGCCUCUAUUGAGGCCACCCAAACAUCAAUGCAGCAUACUCUGGCUGAUUUGAGCUGUUCUGUAGCUCAGCUGGUUCAAGUUCUCACCUCUGCUGAUGUCAAAAAGGGGGAGAAGAUAUCUAAAGACAAAUGCAAAUCUGACCAGCAAAUGACAAAGAGAAGGCCAGAUGGUGAUGAAGAAGGUAAUAGGGAGAUGGCUGACAAGCAGCUAAAGCUGUUACAAAUCAAAGAGAAGGAAAGGAGUAAUAAUGAAGCAAACUCUGAUAGACCCAGAGAUUCUCAACAAAAACACAAGUCUAUGGAGUUGACUAUUAUGUCUCAAGUUCAGAGCAUAAGUGAAGCAGUUAGAAUUUCUGAUGAUAUAUCUAAAGAACUUGCAGUUGUGAACUCUGAGGUUGAGAAGAAGAAGAAAGAAGAUCUGAUUCCUGAAUCAGAUAAGCUGAUUGAAGCUGGAGAUCCUGAAUCUCAGAAGUUCUGCCAAACUUUGAAGUUCAGAGGCAGAGAAACUACCCUAUUCUACAAAUCUCCUUCUUUGCAAGCUAUUGAUGAAGCUGUAGCAAGGAAAAUAUUUGAAAAGGAAAAUCCAGGAAAGUCAAUGAUCAAGAUAGCAUCAGAGAAUCCUUCUCAGAGAAUGAUAAAGCUAAGCAAGAAUGCAAAUAUAAUCACUGAUGUAUCUGAUCAAACUGAAGAGGAAGAAGCUGGAUUGACCAGAAGAAGAAAGGGUGAAGUGAAACUAAUCUCUGAUAUAACUUUAACCUCUGACAAUGCUCAAGUUAAAGCUCCAGUAACAGAAGAAAAGACUGAAGAUACUAAAGUCUCUUGGCUGAAGAUAAACUCUGAGAAAACUCAAGAUCAGAAAAAGAAGAGUCUCUUUGGAAGCCUUGGUACAAGUCUGUACAAGGAAAGCUCAAUGCUCACCAGAAUCAGAGCUCAUGGAACCAGAGGAAAGGAAGCUUAUGAUACUACUGGUCUAGGUCACAGAAAGGAAAAGAUACAAACAAGUUCAGCAACCACCUUCAGAGAUCCCUAUCCUCUGACUGAGAAAGUGGGGGAAUCUGUCACUCAAAAGGACUUAGAUAAAGUAGAAUCAGUGCAGAUCCUCAUGGAUACUCAUGAUGGCACAGGAGACAAAGAGAAGAUUGCUAUAUUUCUGGAACAGACCAAGGGUGAUUCAGCUGAGAGAGGCAAUGGAAAGAAGCAAGGUGAAUGCCUUGAGAGCAGCUAUCUAUCAGACUGGGGAUGA